AACAAGUAGGCCAAAAAGCUCAUAAAUUUACAUCCUGGAACUAAUGGGCCAGCACCUAAGAUCAUGUACUUGUAGCAGUCUAGCUGUAUCAGGUAAGUGGGCUGUUAAUACAUGAGGUGGGUUUUUUAAUUUAUUUUCAGUGCUGGGGAUUGAAUUUAGCCGGUGCCUGAUAGGCAAGUGUACUACCCAUUGAGCUAAUAUCUGCAGCAGGAGACAAAUUAUUUACAAUUUCAAUUUUGUGUGAAUGUUACAUUUUAUUUUGUGUAUGUUGAUUGCUCCAUUUCUAUAUGUUUGUAUGUGCUGUAAAAGUAUUGUUAGUGUUAAAAGUGUGAACUCUGGAAACAAUUCUGUUUUGGAUUAUUUGAAAUAGGAUCUUGGCAAAAUCAGUGGUAAAAGAGCCUGCCGAUCUACACCUUUGUUCACAUGCCUGGUGCACAGCAUGCAAGCUGUUGUAGCUAGAGAAUAAUACCUACCUUCCUGUCUCCUUUUCAAACUAAACUGUAAGUGGAAUCCACUGUGAUUAAAAAUAAAAGUUUGGAGUUGUAGCCCCAAAGCCCUUCUCAGGAAAGGAUACAUUCCUGUUCACUACUACACAGGUCUGGCCUUUUUAGAAGCAUUCUUUACAUACUGUGGUUUGCCCUAGGUAUUUGGCCAGCCUAGGAGCUUCUAAGAACCGGGUGGUGGGACAGAGAUGAACAUAGUCUGCUAGGUAUCAACAUACUCAGUAGGCUGCUGGAGAGGAGCAGUGAGUUCAAACCUGGAGAUUUCAGAGAAAGGUGGUGAUCCUGAAUAAAUAGGCAGAAGGCGUUCUGUUUGGUACGGUGUAAAUUCCUGAUUUCUGAAAGGGGAUUAGUCAGGAUUUGAUCUCAGAGAACCUUGGGCUUUAGUCCUAGAGCUGCGGUUGAGAGUUUAAGCACCGGCUUUACGUGAUCCAAUGAGAUCUCGGUCCCAUGGACACACCUCUGGGUAGUGUGGUUUAAGAGGUUCCCUGGAACAGGGGGGCCUGAUGGUUGGAAAGUGAGCCUUUGUAUCGGGCGCGUCUAGCAAGUUUCCCAUUGUCACCGUGCUAGCAGUGAGACCUUAAACUAUCUACAAACUGGCACCAUAACAUCAGGAAUAAGGGAAGCAAGUCCCUGGCCUCAAGGAACCAUCCAGCAGCUCAGCUGGAGUGUAAAACCCGUCAGGUCACUGGAUGGAAGGCUGGGCAGGCGAGUCGCUCGACGCCCAGGUGCAGCCCUAGGCACUGCAAUCUGCCCCGGUCCCAAAGGCCGCCCAAGAUCUGCCAAGGCGGGCGGGGCCUUUGGCAGGCGACCCGGACCAGGGAGAGCUGAGCCCGGGCCCCAGAAGCUCAGUGGCGAAACUCUUGACACCUUCUAUUUAAAGGCUUGGGGCGCCCCCGCCCCGCGCGCCGGGAACCCAAGCAGCCCCGUGGCCCGGGCGAAGUGCAGUCAGACGGAGAACACCGGGCGCGGCGCGGGCAGCUCCGACUCCGGCCGGGACAGGCGCGAUGGCGAGCGGUGACAGCAGACACGCCGCUGAGGGCUUCCUCAACUGGGGUGCGGAGGAGGAGGAGGCGGCCCAGGAGCUGGAGACCGAGGAGUCAUCGGAGGGCGAGGAUGAGGAGGCCGAGUCGGAGGAGGAGCCCGACGCCAGGUUGUCAGAUGAGGAUGAAGAGGGCAAGACCAGGCAGGAAUGUAUCAUCUCUGACCCCUCCUUCUCCAUGGUGGCGGUCCAACGGGAAGACAGUGGAAUAACCUGGGAGACCAAUUCCAGCGGAGCUUCUACUCCUUGGGCUUCCGAAGAAAGUCAGACUUCUGGCAUAUGUAGUUUGGAAGGGUCAGCUCUGAAUUCCCCUCCAGGGAACGUUUCCUUUAUCGUGGAUGAAGUCAAAAAGACUCGGAAAAGAACGCAUAAGUCCAAGCGUGGCUCACCAUCGUUACGUCGGAAAGGCAGCAAAAAACGAAAUUCUCUGGAAUCACAAGAUGUUCUGGCAAACAAGGAAGAUGGUCCUUUAAUUUCUGAAAGCCCAGUGCUCAAUGCUGAGAAAGAGAAGUCAUCUAUGGGCACUUAUGAUAAAACAAGAAGGAAGAAAACAACGUCAAACAUGCCUCCCAUCACCGGGGCAAUAUACAAAGAGCACAAGCCACUUGUGUUGAGGCCAGUCUACAUAGGGACGGUACAGUACAAAAUUAAGAUGUUCAAUUCAGUUAAGGAAGAAUUAAUCCCUCUACAAUUUUAUGGGACGUUGCCCAAAGGUUAUGUAAUUAAGGAAAUACAUUACAGGAAAGGGAAAGAUGCAUCCAUUAGUCUAGAGCCAGAUUUGAGCAACAGUGGUUCUAACAUAAUUUCCCAAAGAAGUAAAGUAGUCGCCCAAAGCCCAGAAGAUGAUAGGGCGAGAGAGCUUGCUCCACCCUGGAGAGGUGCCCUCUCCAAAGGGCCAAAGUCCAUGAGUUCUUUAUUUAGUCAGGAAGAGCAAAAGAAAGCAUAUGUCGAUUCCCCCUUCAAUGCCACGUCUGCAACCGAGCACACUUUGUCCUCUUAUCACAGAAAAGACACAGCAGACCAAGAACAUCUAAGACCUCCACAGACAGCGCCACAGCAGCCAGCUGAUGAAUCAAAGACCCACAGAACAGAGCCACCCAGCACACCGGCAACCACGGUCCUCGAAAAAGCAGAGGCAGAAUUGGAACCAGCCUCACCAGGAAUGGAAAGUUCAGAGAACGAGGCUUCUGUGUUCUCAGGCUCAGCUGCUGAUGUCAAACAGGAAGACAUGGUUUCUGUCGACCAUUCCAUGUCACGGGAGGCAGAGGAGUCUUUGCAGACAGGGCCACUCAGACUGGCACCAUCCAUCCUAGAAAAGUUUGAGUCAACCAAGGAAGAGCUAGAGCCGACUUCAGUAGAAAAGACAGAACCAGCCUUUGAACACCUGACCCUGCCUGAACCCAUAGACCACAGAGAGGAGGAGCAUGUGCUUGAGCCCAUAGUCCAUAGAGAGGAGGAGCAUGCGCCCGAGUCUACAGUUCAUAGAGAGGAGGAGCAUGCGCCUGAGCCUACAGUUCAUAGAGAGAAGGAGCAUGCGCCUGAGCCCAUAGUCCAUAGAGAGGAGGAGCCUGCACCCGAGUCUACAGUUCAUAGAGAGGAGGAGCAUGCGCCCGAGCCCAUAGACCAGAGAGAGGAGGAGCAUGCGCCUGAGCCUACAGUUCAUAGAAAGGAGGAGCAUGCGCCCGAGCCUACAGUUCAUAGAGAGGAGGCGCAUGCGCCUGAGCCUACAGUUCAUAGAGAGGAGGCGCAUGCGCCUGAGCCACCUGUCUCCCAAACCUCACAAGAACUAGAGAAGGGAGUAGAAAUCAUGGAUACCACUGAACCCGAAGAUUCUAGUCUAGAAGAAGAGAUCAUAGAACUUGAUUACCCAGAAAGUCCGUUGGUUUCUGAGGAGUCCUUCCCAUCUCCACUGUCCCCUGAAGUGGAGCACAGGGAAGAGUCCAUCCUACCCUCACAGAAGACAUUCACACCCGAACACGUCUCUUUGUCUGAGGAGGAAAGAGAGGAAAGCGAGUCUGUUUCUACUGAUUAUGCAUUUGCAUCUGAGUAUUCGGGACCACAGGAUUUGAAUCGUGGACCAGGGAAGCAAGAAGCCGGGGCGGUUUCUCUCUCUGAUGUGAAAUCCACCUCUGAACCUGCUGUUUUUUCGGAGGAGGAGGAGGACGACGAGCGCCAGGCUUACUCAGCUGUGGCGUCUGAAUCCGAGCACUCGCUCUCUCCACCCACCCUUGAGAAGACAUCUGCAUCCCAGUCCCCGCUCUUCUCACCAGUUACACCAGACCAUCUGGUCCUGUCUGGGGAUGAGGCCUCAGACAGUAGGUGUCCCACCCCAGAGUCUGCGCCUGCCACUGAGUAUUCAGGCCCCGAGCGUGCUGCCCAAGAGUUGCUGGCAAGAACGGGUGACCAUAAGCCCCCAUUCAAGUCCCGAGAUGUUUCUGAGCCCAUGAUUCUGACAGAAGAAGAGAAAGAAGACACGGAGCCUCACCCCCCAGUUGCAGAUGCUGCCUCUGAAUACCCUCAUUCACCAUCCUUAACCGAGAAGGCUUCUGAGCGCCACUUACCACCGCCCCUGGCUGCCACACUGAGGCAUGCAGUUGUAUCAGAAGAUGAGCGUCUAGAAAGUGAACAUUUCACGUCAGAUUCAAAACUGACACCUACAUCCUCAACUCCGCAAAAUGUAACACAGGAAUCCCCCCCGAAAACAACUGAUGUCACGCCCCAGUUCAAACCAAAAGGCAUUCCUCAGCCCGAGACUCUGUUAGAAGAAGAAAAGGGAGAUGUGCGGCCGUCUUCACCGGAUGUGGUGUCCGCAUCUCCACACGCUGUCCCACCACACGCAGCCGAGAUGCUUUCUGAAUGUCAGGUCCCACUUCCUUCAGGCCAGCGGCACUCACUUCCCUCCACCUCUGCUUCUGAACUCUCAGUACCAACACCAUCAGUAACACCAGAGUCCCAGGAGGAAGAGAUCGCCCACACGUCCCCUCUGCUUCUAAAAGGUGCCACCUCACCCACAAAUCUAUCAGAGCAAGAGCAGGAAGAGGGAGACAUCGGGCCCUUCUCCCCCGAUUCUGCCUUUGUGUCGGAAUUCUCCUUCUCACCCUACCCAACUCAGGAAAUAGAGAAAAGAGAGCUGGGUCGCGAUUCUCCACUGUGCUUGACGUCGCCAUCUGAGCACACUGUUUUGUCAGAUGGAGACACGGAAGAGGCGGAGCUUUUUUCUCCGGAUUCAGCAUCCCAAGUUUCAAUCCCACCGUACAGAAUCCCAGAAACGGAGCACACCGAGGCCCGGCCAGACUGGUCACUAACUACGAGGUCUGCUCCAGAGUCCCCCUACUUCUCAGAAGCAGAUGGAGAAGAGUCAGACUCAUCAGCGCUCACACCUCUUCCCGAGCGUUUUGACCCAGCACAGGAGCAAAAGGCCGGGCCCUUCCCCUUCAUGCCCGUACCGGAAGACCUGAGCCUGCCACCUUCAGCAAAUCAAACAGGCCAAGCAGAAAUUACGCCAGAUGCUCCAACAAUCUCCACAUCUGUAUCCGAAUAUCUGAUCCUGGCCCAGCAGCAGAAAACGCAAACAUCUCUGGAGCCCCAGGCUGGAGGUUUGGUGCCACCAUCUUUAACCAGUGGACGGGAGGAGGGAGAUGCCAAGGGCCGCUCAGCCGCAGCUACGACAGCUGCUGCUUCAUCGGCGCAGUCGCCAACGGGAAAGGAAGAAGCCGAACCCAUUUUACCCACGUCUCAGUCCUCACUUCCACCUGAGUCAGCCUGCGUCCUUAAGACAGAACAGGAACCCAGAGCAUCCCUCUCUCUAAAAUCUGCACACGAACAGAUGGCUUUGCCAAAAGUCAGAAGGGAAGAAACUGUGCCGGAUUCUCAAGGAGCGACAACACUCACCUCACGGGCUCAGACACCAGAGCCUCAGCCCCCAAAUGUUCCAGGGUCUGGGGUGAAACACUCUGACUCGGCACAGGAGCCAAAGGCGGAUGUCAAACCCGAUUUAGCUCCAACUGUGACUUCUGAACUAGAACACAGAAUGUUGUCAAAGAAGGAGCCUGAAGUGGCAAAACCAUGUUCACCUCCAGAGGAAACAUCUAUUUCUGGACGUGAGGUUUUAUCUGGAGUGAAAACGGAAGGGAAGCGGGACUCCAAAAUAGCCAGGGAACUUCCUGCAGCUUCGGCGGGGAUAGAAAGGGAGGCUGAACGUGGUCCACCCGCACCGCCAGCAUUUCCAGCUUUGUCAGAAGAAAGGCAGGAAGAAACCGAAGCCAGCUUUUCUGCCACCACGGUGCCAAUAACUAAGCUUGAUUCGAACUUAACCGAGUUAGGCAGAGACGAAAGCCUGGCAGAUUCAUCUCUCACCAGCCCGAGGGACGCCCGCUUAAAGCGGGUAGGGAAGAGUGAAUUAGGAAGAAGCUCGCCACCACUCAUCACAUCCAGAGGCGAGCACUCAGGCCUCACAGGGGAAGAGAAAGAACCAAUUAGAGGGGCUGCUGCUGUCGCCGACAGCUCUUCGUCUGGAGGUUCAGCUUGGCCAGGAGCAGAGAAAGAAACGAAGUUAGAUUCAUCUCCGAGUCUAUCAUCUCCACCGCAGCGUUCUGUUGGGUCAAAAGCAGAAACCGAAGAUGUUAAACCAGGUUUGCCAAUUUCCCAAGUGCCGGCAGAUGUGUCUGGGGCAGCCAGGGCAGAAGACAAACAAGGCCUUUUAUUCCCCACAGCUCUCGAUUCUGAACGCUCAGUUUCAUCACAGAAAAAGAACUUGGUGUCUGUCUCAGAGACGUCAAGGCCUCCACCCAAACUUCCUGUCGACUUAGGUAGCGAGGAAAAGAAAGAAGACAGCGAGCUUCCUCCCUCACAAGUGUCACCUGCACCUCACACAGUUCCAAAUGACAAACCUGAGGAGAUAAUCAGGUCUCCCGAGUCUGAAAAUUUAGUGUCAGACAACGUAGCCCCAACGUUACUGGCUCUCAGGGAGGAGAUGAACAGAGAAGCAGAGGAGACAUCUUCUUCGGAGCUGGGGGCUUUCCUGUCAGGAAAGCGAGAUCUCGGGAAGCUCCCUGAGGAGACACACAGACAGUUAUCAGAAGCACCAGCUGCUGGGUCAGAACUCAUUGGUGGUAGAGAUAGAAGGGAAUCCUUAGGUAUAGACCCGUUAAAACCCUUUGUAACGGAACCAGCGUCUUCUGUCUUGGAAAUGGGCCCCACCAAGCUUAGGAGCAGAGGAAAAGAACAAGAGGAAAAGAGGGAGUUUCCUGUGCCAGCCACAUCUCCGUUAGAGACUGCUUCUUCUGACCUCCCUGUAGGGCAAAGGGAGCUCGAAAAAACCCUUCACGAGGGGCAAGCUGCUGAGGUGCCUGAUGGGAGCAGCUCUAUCGCAGAUAAACCAAACCUGGCUAGUCAACAAGUCUCAGAUAGGAAAGAGAAUUUGGAGCAAUCCAAGUCGUUUAUGACAACUGAGUCUGCCGAUGUUACAGGAACAAGAGAGAAGGAGACUCUCUUUUCUCCAAAGGAUAACACUUGGAUUCUGGAAAAGCCAGAGGACUUGGCCAAUCAGCAUGAAGAUAGAAAACUGGGAUCUCAGCAGCUGGAGUCCCCUGGCAGCAAUGAGAUGAUGCCAGAGAAACUCAAGGCUGUUCCAUUGGAUACAGACCGCACAUCUGGAAUCAGAAAGCAGGUUCUCCCACAAGCUGUGGAAGAGCCCCAUGUGGCAUUGCAAGAACAAGUGUCUACCCUUCAUAUAUCUAGUGGCAGGAUAGAAACCUCAUCCGCUAAGACUUCCCUUUCUGAAGAAAUAAAGUUGCCUCAGGAACCAAAGCCCGUGGUUCCAGCUGCAAAGGUGGAUCGAGGCAGAGCAGAGGAGAGGCAGAUCAAUUCUUUCACAGAGAGUGAAAAUUCGAUACCAGAGAAAACAAAUACAGAAUUUCCCGGGCCUUGCAAAGAAGAAACCCAGGAGGAAAUCAAACUACCUCUUGAAAGAACUCUCCAGAAAUCAGAGGCUGGCCCAUCGGCAGAACAGGUAAAGGCAGAAACUGCCCCCGUUCCUGCCAGAGCAGCACGUUUCCUGGCCGAAGUUGCAGAACCCACACUGGACAAUGACCAGGAAGCAAGCACAUCGCCGGCGUCUGGUGAAAAGCCACCUCAAGAACCAGAACGGGUUCCGUCAAAGGCUGUAGAUGAUGCCGACGAACGGAGAAAACCAGCCCCCAACGUGAAAGUGUCCAUCCAAAGUAAAUAUGUCCCUGCAGUCAAAGCAGAUGUCACACCUCAAGCCCCAGCGACACCAGAGUUGGCACAAGGGCCAUCUGAGAAGUCAUCGGUGGCUGAGCAAGGUCUUCCUGCAGAAAAGGGGAAGAGAGGAAUUUCGUCCUUCAAAUCAUGGAUGUCUAACUUAUUGUUUGGAUCAAGCACUCCAGAUAAUAAAGUCAGUGACAAAGAAGAAGACUUAGAGACCCAGCCAAGUCCCUCUGUAGAGAAAGCGGCCACAGCCAUAGAGCCUAAAGGCGCAGUUCCUGCUGAGGUUAAUGCAGUUAAACUGGCUGAAGAACCCAAGGGGGUGUCAGUUAAAUCCAGCGAAAGUCAAGACCUUAAAGAAAAACUCACAUUUUUAUCAAAUGUAGAAGUUUUAAACCAGCCUGAAUCCAACUCUGAAAAUUAUGGGGAGAAAGAAUCUCAAGGCUAUUUGGAGGGGACGGGGGUAAGCUCAGCUACGUCAGCUGGUGGCAAACAUCUUGGAAUUCAACCUCGUUCCCCCACAGGUGAGAAACUGGCCAUGGAAGAAACCCCAAACAGUGUUCCUUCCCAUGUUACCCAGAGCCAAAGACACCAGAAACCACAAAUCUCUCCUCCAUCUUCGUGGAGGAUUUCUGCUCUUCAGGAAGAACCGAGCGGUGAUCACAAAGAAACAUUGAUCUUGUCAUCGGACAUAGUAGACAAAAUGCCACAACAGUCCACGUCAGCUCCAUCCGACUUCACAAGGACGGAGGAACCUGAGAAGCCAGCGCCAGUGAUUUCGCCAGCAGAAUCAAAAGGCGGUUUAAUUGAUCUUGGUGGAGACAGACUAAGAAAAGAAAUGCCAAAACCCACUUCUUUGGAACACGGUGAAGAGGAAGUCAAACGCCCAACAGAGAAGGAUAGCUGGGAAAUUAGAUCGUUUUCCCUGGCAGAAAAGAGGGAGCUGGCAGAGAAACAAGAAAUCAUGGCUCCCUCGGAGCUUAGGGAAAAUAAGGCGGCAGGAAAGUUGCAAAUGACGCCGGAAUCUCGACCUUUCAAGUUGGAAGAAUCAAAAGCCGCUGAGAAGCUGGAACAGCGCAUCUCUCCAAGUGAAGAGCUCAUGGAAAAACCCAGUGUGACUCUCGCUUUGGAGGAGAGGAAAGAAAAGGAAGAACAGGCAUGGGCAUCUUCAGAAGGAAAGAAGCAGGGGCGUGGACCCUACUCUCCAACUGUAGCCAUGCCCGCGCCUGGAGCAUCGGCUGGCUCUUUGGGUGGAGCCCAACCACCUUCAUUGGUUAAACCGCAACCCAUUACUGAACAACCAGAACACAUAUUCACAGAGAUAGACCCAGAAAUUAGGGAGAGGAAGGCAGCAGAAACCCAACUACAUGCCCUGGAAGAGAGUAAAAUUUUAGUAGAAAAAAACAAGUCUUCCCGUGUGGAGCCUCCCCAUGGGGAGGAAAUGGUUGGCCCUUCUUUGACUCAGGGAGGAAAUCUCAGGGAGGAGUUGGAGAAAUCAAGUGAGAUUAGAGUGGGUCUCAACGAGGAAAGGGGGCAGUUCGCAAUGCCAGAGUUGUCCUUUGGUACUUUAGUGGCUGCUGCGGAUGAGAGUAUGCAGUCAAGAUCUCUAGCUAAGGAUGCUGAAAGGACAUCAGAGCACACUCCUAAUGAAACAGGGCAUUUGGGAAGACCGGCCACUCAGCUGUCAUCUGUAGAACCACAAACUCUCGCUUCAGGAACUUCUCUAGAACAUCCAGUGAAGAAACCCGAAACGUGGUUGGAGGGGCCUACAGUCCACACUAUCCAGACGUCUAAAGAUCACUUGUCCACUCUUGUUUCAAAGAGUCACCCGGAAACUGCGGAGGAGGUGCACAGAAACCAACCACUCUCUUCAGCAGCAAGCAGCUAUACUCAGUUUAUGCUUAAUGCGUCAGCAAUCAGUGCUGAUGGGACGGCCUCUAUGAGAGGCGCAUCCCAGGAGCCCGGAGGCACCUCCGUGAAAGAUGAAGAAUUUGCAAUAACCAGCAAGCCAGCUGGACUUUCAGAGGACCAGAAGAGUGCCUUUAGCAUCAUUUCCGAAGGGUGUGAGAUACUGAAUAUCCAUGCUCCUGCCUUCAUCCCUUCUGUGGACCAGGAAGAAAGUGAACAAAUGCAAGAUAAGUUACAGUAUUUGGAGGAGAAAGCCUCAUUUAAAACUAUAUCCCUGCAUGAUGAGAGUGAGGAAGUUGUUUCCCAUAAAACACGGAAGGACAAGUUAGAAGACCCUGAGAGGAAAGUCACGUCACUCACAGGAAGCGAGCCAAAGGAAACUCAGAAGACAAAAGAGGAGAUAGCUACAGAGUCAGAAACAGGGAGCUUCACUUUUAUUCAACCCACAGUUUCCAGUGAAGAGGAGGAUUAUUUUGAAAAAUACACUUUGAUUGAUUAUAACCUUUCCCCAGACUCAGAAAAACAGAAAUUAACUCUUGAGGGUUUCCCAAAGGAAGCCACGGAAGCAGCAACUUCUUUCCCAGAAAGUUCAGAUGAAGGCGCCCUGGAACCCGAAUAUGACUUGGUAAAGCUGGACGAGAGAUUUUACGGUCUAGCAAAAGACUACAGCGAAUUAUCUCAUGCAGAGAUGCAGAAGUCUUCGGUCACCCAAAAACCAGAUGAUGAAAAUGUGUCGAAGGGUAUCAGUCGAGGGGUGGACUCCAGAUCACCUGGGAUGCCUUUGUUUGAUGUGGAGGAAGGAGUGCUAUCAAGGAGUCAGAUAUUUCCCACCACCGCCAAGGCUGUCAACCCCGAGCUUCUCGAGGAACCACCUGCACUUGCAUUUUUAUAUAAGGAUCUGUACGAAGAGGCGUUUGGGGAGAAAGAGAAAGGGGAGACAGCUUCUGAAGGUGACAGUGUGGCUUCUGAGGCGUCAUUUCCAAGGAGGCAUUCUGACACUGAGGACAGAACAGGUAUGUAUUUUGAGAAGUAUAUACUCAAAGAUGACAUUCUUCACGACACAUCUGUAACUCAAGAGGAUCAAGGCCAAGGCCCGGAAGAAAAGCCAGUUGGUGAGGAUGAUUCGCAUCAACCGAGAGUUGCAGAAAGGGAAAUUGGGAGAAAGCCUGAAACCAGUUUUUGGGAGAAGAAUCUGGAAGAACAGCACAAGGCUGUUGACAGGGAAGGAGCCUCUGUAGGCCACAUGGAGCUCCGUGAUGGGGUAGCGGUGCAGCAGAAAGCUCCGGUUACAGAGGAAGUCAGAGCGGUCACCCAGAAGAUGAGCUAUGCAGUUCCGUUUGAAGACACUAGCCGUGUUCUGGAGAGUGGAGAUGAACCAAACAGCCAGGGUAACGAAGCAGGAAAUGCCAGUCCAGAGAUCCAUCUGAAUGUCCCAGUACAAGUGUCUUUCCCAGAGGAAGAAUUUGCAGCUGGUGCCACUUACGCUUCAGAAAUACCACAAGAAGAGCUCGUCCUUUCUGAGCCACAUGAAGAGAGGUUCCACAAUAUCCCAGUUCAGGAUGAGUAUGAGUUUGUUGACUCUCUGGUCAGUCGAGGCAUCUUCCCAGAAGAACCACAUUCAGAAUCCACACCUGAAGAUGUGUUAUCUCAAGGAACAGACUCCUCCGAGCACAUCAAGGAACAUGAACUCAUGAGUGAGGAGGAGCCAAGUAUGUCUGCCGAACAGAAGGAGUUGGACGGAAGGAGGACAGAAAAUGACCAGACUGUACCAGAGCUGGUUAUAGAGAAGACACAGAGGGAACGGAGAAAGGCCCAGGUUGACUCUUACUGCUACACCUGCAAAAGCCCAGUCUCUGAAAUGGACAAGGUGUUGGACAUUCACAAAGACCACGAGGUUUCGGCCCUGGACACAGCUAUCAGUGCUGUGAAGGUUCAAUUAGGAGAAUUUCUUGAAAACCUACAAGAAAAAUCCUUGAGGAUUGAAGCUUUUGUUAGUGAGAUUGAAUCCUUUUUUAAUACCAUUGAGGAGAACUGCAGCAAAAAUGAGAAACGGCUGGAGGAGCAGAAUGAGGAGAUGAUGAAGAAGGUUUUGGCGCAGUACGAUGAGAAAGCCCAGAGCUUCGAGGAAGUGAAGAAGAAGAAGAUGGAGUUCCUGCACGACCAGAUGGUCCACUUUCUGCAGAGCAUGGACACAGCCAAGGACACCUUGGAGACCAUAGUGAGAGAAGCUGAGGAGCUGGACGAGACCGUGUUCCUGGCUUCCUUUGAGGAAAUCAAUGAAAGGCUGCUUUCCGCCAUGGAUAGCACAGCUUCCUUAGAGAACAUGCCGGCCGCCUUCUCGCUUUUUGAGCACUAUGAGGACAGCUCGGCGCGAAGUGACCAGAUGUUGAAACAAGUGGCUGGUGAGCAUUUUAAUAUACCAUUUACCUCGAUGGAGCUUGGCAGGUCCUGCUUGCCUGUUUGGGUGAAGAUGCGUGCAGGCUGUAAAGGUUUGCAGCGAGACUCUGAGAUGGUGCAGGGGCCAGCCGCUCAUCUCUGUGAUGCCAUCGUCCCGUUUGAUUUCCAAGGUUAUAAAAACCAACAACAAAGCUGCCGCUUGUGUACCACACCUGGUGGCUUUGGCUGCUGUGUCUCACGCUUCUCGGGGACACAUGAGCAAACAUCUACUGACAGCAGGCCAGAGCAAGGAUGA